CAAUGCAGAAUCCACCUUAUUGAUUCCGUAAAGCUUUCGAUUAAUUCAGUGCUUUCCAUAAAUUGUUAUUAAAUAUUAAAUAUUUUAAAUAAUAAAACAGUUGCAUUUUGUGUGGGCGUUCGAAUUGAUUAGGAAGUUAUUUUGAAAAAAGUUGGUAUCCAAUAAAUAUGCCGCUAACCGCUGAACAAGCGAUGCUUCAAGUACAGGAACGACUCCGUUCGCUUAAAUCGGUUAUUGUUGAAAUAGAGAAUGAGCGGAAGAGAAACGAACCCAACAUCGUAAAUACAAUAAGACUCGCAAAAGUGUCAAGUGAUGAGAAAUCCUCCGCCUUGAAUCAUAAGCUAAAGACCCUGUACAAGAUUGGACUUCAGGAUGCUAUUCAGGAAGAGAAUUUGAUCCGUCAAGCGCUGUCAAAGAUUCAAGACAUAAGAAACAUUCGCAACGAACGCAGAAUUCAGGCGAGAAAUGCGGGAAAUAAAGAAACAAUCCGAAGAGGUGCGCUUAUGAAAAUGCUACAGAUUUCGGCUCAAACGCUACCACUCUUUGUUAGUAAACCCGGAGAAAAAAUCCCACCGCUUUGUGGUAGUGUUCCGGCUGAUAGUACUUACGUUGCAAAACCGGGUGACAUGGUUGCCGCUCAUGUUAAGGGUCUCGAAGAUGAAGAAAAUUGGAUACUUGCCGAAGUAGUACAAUACAUCUCGUCUGCCAAUAAGUACGAAGUGGAUGAUAUUGAUGAAGAGCAAAAGGACCGACACAUUUUGAGUAAGCGCCGUAUUGUUCCGCUUCCUCUUAUGAGAGCUAAUCCGGAAACAGAUGGACAGGCACUUUUCCCUAAAGGGACAACCGUAAUGGCACUAUAUCCACAAACUACCUGCUUUUAUAAAGCAGUUAUUAAUCAACUUCCGCAGACAGCCAAUGAAGAAUAUGAAGUACUUUUUGAGGAUCCUACGUACGCGGACGGUUACUCGCCACCAUUAUAUGUUGCUCAGCGGUAUGUCAUUGCCAUCAAACCGAACAAAAAAGUAGGAGCCAGUUCCUGACAGUCCUCCGCUCAACCGACCACGACUAUUUCAAGUAUCACUACUGCACUUCCGUCGGCAAUGGGAAAGUCAACUUCUUCUGGGUUUACAUCAUCAGCAGUUAUAUCCAACGCCAGCGCUUGCAGUGGAAAUCUUUCGCCAGCCGGUGGAUUAACGCAGCCGAAAGAGGAGCAUAUGUUGGAGCCAUUCAUGAUGGAUGAUCAGUUUUGAUUAGCUUGCGCGAAAACUCAAUUCAUGUUAUAAAAUUUAUUGUAAUAUCUCAGCAUAAAAUGAUCUUCAACAAGAAAAAGA